AUGACCUUCGUGAACGAGCAAGGACUUGGGAUCCACGUGAAAACACAGCACAGCAAUGCAACCAUGUCCAACGGCUUGCGGCUGCAGCGGAUGCUAGGGAAGACUCCCAAAGGGUAUGUUCAGCCGUGGGGAGAAGCCGGGCCUGGACGUUGUUGGCACGUGAAGGUCGAUGGUGCGACGGGGGCGGCUUCGUUCGUCCUCCAACGGAAGCGCUUCCGCGAUCUCGACUUGGAAAGCGACGGCUUUACGGACCGCAAAGUCAAGGAGACUCGUGGAGCUGUGAAGCGCAAGCGAUACGAUGUCAGGUUCAAAGCCCUUGUUGUGACCCAGCUGCGCCUCCUCCAGGAAGACGCCGCAGACCUCUUCAAGGAGGAGCAGCUCACGCCUCUCCAGUACUUAGAGGACCGUCUCAAGGUUAACUACAGCCUGAUCGUGAAGUGGGCUCAGGACGAGGCCAAUAUAGUCCAAUCGGCAGCAGAUGACGUGAAGAAGACCCUCCUUGCCAAACAGCAGCCAAAGCGGUGGUUUCCUGAGGAAGAGAAGAAGCUGUACAAUAUGUUCUUGGCGCGGCGGAGGAGGAAGCUGAAGGUGUCGACCCUGUGGCUGACGGUCACGUUCCGGAAGCUCGUGCAAGAGAAUCACCCUGAGGACCAACGGGCGGCGGCGUUCAGCGCGUCCUUCAGGUGGGCACGAAAAUGGGCAAAGAGGCAUAAGCUGUCCAAACGGCGCAGGAACAACAUCAAGAACAAGGCACCCGAGGCAUCGGACGUGUCGGCGAUGUCGACGGUCGCGGAGGGAGAGUCCAGAGAUCCCAAGUACGGUCAGUUCCAGCUCUGGGAGCGUUGGAAUGUGGAUCAAGUGCCUUUGCCAUUCGUGAACGGGCUGAUCAGCACGUGGGAGAAGACAGGCGCGUUGCGU